CAGACGGGGGUGUGACACACAGAGCAGACAUAAUCAGCUGACGACUGCUACACGCUGCACACACAAUGGCCGCUCCAGCUGAAGAGAGAAUCGUUCUUAUUGCCCAGGAUGGCAGUGAAUACUCCGACUAUGCAUUUGAAUGGUACAUGGACAAUAUCCAUAAGAAGAAUGACAAGGUUAUACUGCUACAUACACCAGAGUACCACAACGUGGUAGCGUCACCUAUGGUGAUGGCGGAUGUUUCUGUGUUGACCGAUAUGUGGAAGGACGAGGAGAAACGAGUUCAAAAGUUGGUGGAAGUAUUGGGCACCAAACUGAAGGAUCACGGUAUUGGUGGUAAAGUAAAAAGCGUUGGUGGACAACCAGGAGAAGUUAUUUGUAAGGUUGCCAAGGACGAGGGCGCAUCACUCAUCGUCACGGGAACCAGAGGGCUUGGCACGAUCAGACGGACGUUCAUUGGCAGCGUCAGUGAUUACGUCAUCCACCAUGCGCAUGUUCCCGUUCUGGUAGCUCGACACAAAGAUCAUCACCAUCAACAUGGACACCAUCACCACUAAAAUGUAUAGAAUGAUGCCUAAUGGCUUUCAUAUCAAGAACAGUCAUUAUACCCUUCUACGUAUAUUAAUGUAAUCCAGGAAAGACAGAUGGUUACCAGCAUGUUUAUAAGGAAUGUUGGGGUGGCUAAGGCUAUUAUUGUCAUCUCCGUAUAACGAACUAAUUGUACAUGUUUUCAAAAUUAUUUUUUACAUUCCUAGUCAGACAUAGAUAACGUAUUAAACAAGACGAAACACGACAAACGAGAACUAGCCUAGUAUACAAUCAUUUUGCAUGGACUAGAGUAUAAAUUUGUUAGUCUUCACAAUAUACCUAAGUCACUUUAAAUUAACAAGUGCCCAAAGUUAUUUUUAUUUUAUUUUCGCUCGUUGAUAUUUUAUGCAUCAAUCAUGAAAAAAUAUGUUUUACAUAAAAUCUUAAUGUCAAAAUAGAUUGUGUGUUUGUCUGCAUUAUUAUAAUGACAGGAUAAUAGAGGGUACUAACAUGUGAGAAUGUGAGAGGUAAAUGCUAAGGCAAUGCUGUGCAUUUACCUGGUAAAUUUAUAACGAGUAGAAGUACAUGGUUGUAGAAUGUCGUUAUCAAAACAGUUUUCUUAUGGUCGUAUAAGGAAUGUUGAAUCUUACAUGUACGUCAUGUUAAUAUGAAAAUAACCAGAAUAUUCAUACCCGAGUACAACCCAUAGUCUGUUCAGUGUAACAGGUUAUUCACACUUAAACAAUAGAACUAGUAUGGCUCAAAAUUGAACCUGAUGUCUCUGUAUUUGUCAUAGAUAAGUGCUACGUUAAUUUUUAGGUGGUUAUAUACCUGGUUUGGUCCUAAAUAACAGCUACGUUGAUUUUCUAGGCGGGAUUUCUUUGAAUUGGCCCUAAAUAAGUGCUACUUUUAUUUUAUAGGCGGGACUUCUCUUAAUUGGUCAUAGAUAAGUGUUAUGUUUAAUUUCAGAUACAUUUUGUUUUGAUCAUUUAUUUUAUUAAUUGUUGUUCAGUUUUACACAUGUGUCCCUGAUGAGCCUACUUACGCUGUUUGAUACUGUCAAAUAUGACAUAUUCCAAUACAUUGUAAAAGGGUCCAUUGUAUUCACUGAGUCUUCCGCAGUAUCUUGUUAAUCGGAAUCUUUUUAUUAAAAUAUUACCAAACAA